CCCUCCACCUUGUUGAAGACUUCUGAAGUCGUAAUAUAGGUGGUAUUAGCCCCUCCACCUUGCUGAAGACUUCUGAAGUCGUAAUACAGGUGGUAUUAGCCCCUCCACCUUGCUGAAGACUUCUGAAGUCGUAAUACAGGUGGUAUUAGCCCCUCCACCUUGCUGAAGACUUCUGAAUUCGUAAUACAGGUGGUAUUAGCCCCUCCACCUUGCUGAAGACUUCUGAAUUCGUAAUACAGGUGGUAUUUGCCCCUCCACCUUGCUGAAGACUUCUGAAUUCGUAAUACAGGUGGUAUUGAGCAAACCUGGUUGCCCCGUCACUUAAUUGAUAGGUAACUCCAUUCUUUUGACUUCAUCGUAGAAUCAAGCAAAAUAAAAUAAGCGGUUAUCAGUAUAGAGUGGGAACAAACUGGUUGUUAGGUUUCUUUGUAUUUUCAGACUUCAGACAAUUAAAGCUAACUGAGUUACAUUAUAGAAAAGUAUAUGUGUUUGAUGAAGUCACGCGUGUUCUUGCAACCGUUCUACAACAGUCAGAACAUAAUAUUGACAAUAUUGGGGGAGUACGAUAAAGAACGAUUAAGAAGAGAGGUGGGGGACACAGCCACGCCUCUACUGGUCAUUUCCUUAUAGUUUUUGAUAAUAGCCCCACCCACUGGUACUGUUCUGACAGAAGAAAAAUUAACUCUCGUGUUUCGCUCCUACUGAAAAUAAAACAUCAGUCACGGCCCAGCAUGACGUGCGGAAUAAGAAUAUAAUCCGGUACCUCCCACCACGUGACGAGUUACACUUUUAUCCCCUCUUUUUCUCUAAUAUUUCGUCAAGCACGGUCUCUUUUAACAGCCUUUAGCAAUGACGACACCAACGAGUACGACAAAGGCAGAAAUUGAGAAAAUCAAAAUGGGCACGUGAAAAAGCCUUAUUCAUUUCUAAACGAGCGUUAUUCAUCUCUAAACGACGUAAAAAAAAAAACAGUUCUAUCUAGGACGCGGGGGCGUUUAUCAUCUGUAAUCGCAUAAGUAGAAAAAUGUCCCUGGCUCGUUUUUGUUUCUUUGCGCUUAUGAACCCUCGUUAUCCUUAUUGGAAUAGUUUAGAAUUGAGUUUUUGUCUUCAAAGCACUUAUUUUAAUGUCGCGUCUUUCUAGCUACCGCUGUUACCUCUGCUAUAGCACUCUAAUGGGAAGUUUAUAGUUGCUAUAAAAAGGACAUUUCUUUUGCAAUUACGCUUCUUGUGUUCAUUAUUCAGAAUGUGAUUACACAAACAUUGGCUUUACACAGUUUGAAUGAAGUGAUUAGAAGAUUUCGAUAUUGGUAAGCUAUUAUCUAAGCAGGUUAAUGGUCUAGCAUCUUUAUCCGCAGAGAUGACCGAAAAGCUAGGGACAAUUCAGAUCUUAUUGGGUGUUGAUUUGAAGAUUUUUUGAUUUAUUAUUUUUCUUUUGAGAUAUGUAAGUGAAAAUAAAACCCGGUGGUUUGUCGAAGGGAAGGGAAGGUAUUUGCUUGGCAACUUAGUUUAUAUUUGAGAGCUGUCAGUUUCUAUGUUAAUAAUUUGAGCAGAUGAUAAAGUGCGAUUGGAGGACUCGUCCCCUGAUCGCGAUAAGCAUAAGUACUAAUGCUUCCAGGGAAAUGGAUUAAAAACGAAUCAUCUCUCAAUUUGUAAACAUCUGCUUCAGGUCUUUAUUAAAUGGCGAAUGACAUUUGAACAGCAAAAUGUUCACAUUCAUGUGAUGCUGGAUCUACAUAUUUACACUAACGUAUAGCACUCUAGGCGGAUCAGCUGAAACACCAUCUACAGUUCAAUGUACGAUUGUAUCAAAUCAUCUUGACGGUUUUUUUCCUUCGCAAACGUAGAUGACGCCUUCGCGACUUUCGGUUCCAGAGUAAAAAGUAAAUAGUAAAUUACAAAAGACAAACAGAAAACAUCCGACAAGGCACUGAGAUGACAAGGCACAAUACGACGAAUCAAGACGAAGAAGCUCAUGACUACGGCGCAACUUGGUUCGUCCUGACACUCGCUCUCGUUCUCCCAAAUCUUAUCGGUAACACUCUAGUAUGCCUCACCAUCGCCAAGACAAACUCCCUACACAACUUCUGCAAUUUCCUGCUGAUAAACCUGGCCAUCUCGGACAUGUGUCUUGGAUUUCUUGAACUUCUCAAGGUCGUUCUUCUCCGUUACCUAAACAUUUACCUGGGAGCAUUGAAAGUCGCGAGCUAUCCCUUCAUUGAAGUGUCUAUUUUUACUGUGACUGCGAUAUCGUGCGAGCGAUACACAGCGAUUGUCAAACCUUUUAAACUACAUGGAUCGUCAGCAUCAAAGAAACUGAGAAUCGUCAUUCCACUAUUGUGGUUUCUGGGAUUUGUCCUCAACAUUCCGGCAUUCGUAAUGUUUUCUAAGGCCGAGUCAGCAUAUUUUGACAUCUUGCAGCGAAAUCAGAGCGCUUCUUUUAUCGAUGGAAUCAUCCAUUUUCUGGCGUGUUAUUUUCUCCCAUCGCUAAUCAUGUGGUAUACGCUGCUUAGAAUAUUUCUAACCUUGCAGAACAGAAAAACAAAAGUUCUGCCUCAAUCCCAACGGUUUGCUUUGAAAGUUCAGCAAAAGGUAGUUAAACUAUUGGGUCUUGUAAUAUUGGCGCAUAACAUUUGCUUUUUGCCCUUCUCAGUUGUUUCUCUACUCUCGUCGAUUAUUGGCACAGUUGGUAAUCUAAAAUUGUACAUUGUCUACUAUAUUCAGUUUGCUAGUCCGGUUUUGAAUCCGUUGAUUUAUUGGGCGCACAGUAACAAAUUUCGCGAUGCAUUUGUGGUGAUCGUAACAAGCCAGAAGAGAAAGCAAUCGCAUAGUGCUCGGGUUUCUCGUACUUUUAAGGCAUAAUAUUUCUGUUGUACUAUUAGUAAGAUUUCAAAGGAAAAAAAUUCACUACCACCAAGGAAAUGUGUUUUUUUAAAAUUGAAUUUAGCAGAAUAAGUGGGUUACUUCUUGAUAUACUUUGCGUUGUUGUUGUUUUUUUCGGAAACAGCUGCGUUUGCCGCCACGGACCUUAAAUGGACGGUGCUUUAAUCCCUCUAUGGACGGUGAGAUUAAUCCCUCUAAAUAAUUAAAGGUAAAUUCUAUUCACGGUUGGUGAGAGCGUACUGUAGUUUUUUACGAAGAUUUUUGUAUCAGUAGAACGAGGGAGUGGAGUCUUUGAGUGAUUUUUCUGAACUAUCAAUUCUGGUGAAUAAAUACCGUACACGCGAA